CUUUGACCUUCACCUUGAGAAUGAAAUCCAAGGGUCUCCCUAACUAGCUCCCACUCUGAGUGUACGAGGUGUAUCCCAUUUGAUGAGAUUAGGGACCAGAGAGGUCGAACAACUUGCCCGGGGUCACACAGUUGGGGAGAAGCACAGCGUUCAGGUUCUGGACCCUGGCCGACUUCCCCCGAGCACCUCCCAGUGUCACGCUGUUGUUCCUUCUAGUUCCAGAAGAUCCGGCAGGGUCUCCAGGAACAUCACAAGCAGGCAGAAAACUUCCUUCGGAUCAUGGAGACCUGCAGCGAGCCCCUGGGCUUCCAGCUGGCGGAGCCGCAGCAGAGCCAGGUCUCCCCUGGUGAACAGGCCGACCAGGACUCCUGGAGGCCUGCAAGCCCCGAGGCUUCCUGGCAGCGGGGGGUCAGGACCCCACGUCCCUCCAGUCUCCAGGGGCCAAACUUCGAGGACGUCAUGGCCUCGAGGUCUUCCGACUGGCUGCAGCAGCCUUCUGGACUGGACGACGCCCCAGGCCACCAGCUGGACAGGCAGACCCCCUGGGACUCGGAGCCCAGGCUUUGGCAGGACGUUCUGACCGAGCAGCUCUGGCAGAUUUUCACUGGGACCCACGAUAAGGUGGACCGGCCGGGACACAGGAGUGAGUCUCCGAAAGCCAGGACCCAGGACCACGCUGCUGCCCAGGCAUGGAGCCACACCCCGAAGAUGCUUCCGGUAACCCCAGUGGGAGGGGGCCGCCCGCCCCGGGGAGCCCUUGCCUGCCUCUUACCGGCUCUUGUCUGCCCAGUUCUCAGCCGGCCUGAGCCCUCCCCUGGCUCCCAUGAGGGUUCCCGAGAAGGGAGCACAGGCCCGGGCACCGAAGCACGGGGGGUGCGCUCCCGCGUGACCCAGGAGCCUGCUGGGCAAGCCUAUCGAUUUCUGAAGCCCAUGUGCUGGGACCUCGAGGACUUCGAAGACAUGUGGAAGAGACCGGAUGCUUUGCCCUGGCAGUCCAAGAAGUUGGCCGUCCCUCACAGGAUGGAGAAGAUGCGGAUGCUGCAACACGGGGAGCCCGUGCUAGCCACGGCUGUCAGCAGCUUCACGCGGCACGCGUUCACCUGCGGCAGGGGUGGUGUCAAGGUGUGGAGCCUGGCCGGCCAGGUGGUGGACGACAGGUUUCCCGAGAGCCACCUGCGUGUACAGACCCAGGGAGCCUACCUGCGUACCUGCCUGCUGUUCUCCAACAGCACGACCCUAUUGACGGGCGGCCACCACCUGGCUGGUGUGAGUGUGUGGGACCUGACGGCACCCUCCCUGCAUGUGAAGGAUGAGCUGCCCUGUCCGGGUCUCACCUGCCAGGCCCUGGCUGCCAACCCUGCCGACAGCCUGGCCUUCGCCAGCUUCACCAACGGCACCGUCAGGAUCUGGGACCUGCGGGACCAGAGUGUGGUCAGAGACCUGCCAGGCCACCCGAAUGGAGCGAAGAGUAUCGCUAUCAAAGACCAGAACGUCUGGACGGGUGGUCUGGACGCCUGUCUGCGGUGCCGGGACCUGCGGGCCGCCGGGGAGCCCCAGGAGUACCCAUUCGAGUCCCAGAUAAUGAGCCUGUCCCCCAGCCCCCGGCAGGACUGGGUGCUGGUGGGCAUGGCCAACGGCCAGCAGUGGCUGCAGCCCACCCGUGGGGGCCAGAGGCAGCUGGUGGGGUGUAAGGAUGGCACCAUCCUGGGUGUCAAGUUCUCGCCCCUCGGCCAGUGGUGGGUGAGCGUCGGGAUGGACGACCUGGUUAGCAUCUGCAGCAUGCCCAUGGGGACCGUGGUGUUCCAGAUACCCGAGACCUCCUCCGUCAUGUGCUGUGACGUGUCCCCCAAUGACCGCCUGAUCGUCACGGGGUCCAGGGACCACGCCUCCGUGUACCAGAUCACGUACUGAGG